CACAAAGGGGCUCCUCUGGGGAGGGUGGGGGUAGAUGAGAGUGGGGACUUGGAUCUGCCUGCCAGGCCGUCCUGGGCGCUGCAGGAAGAAACAUGACUUAGGUAACUGCCCAGAGGUCCCAGGCAUCUUCAAGGCCCUGGCCCUCUCCCCAGGUGCACCAGACGUGAUGCAGCAGCCGCGAGUGGAGACAGAUACCAUCGGGGCUGGCGAGGGGCCACAGCAGGCAGUGCCCUGGUCAGCCUGGGUCACGAGGCAUGGCUGGGUGCGCUGGUGGGUGAGCCACAUGCCCCCGAGCUGGAUCCAGUGGUGGAGCACCUCGAACUGGCGGCAACCGCUGCAGCGCCUGCUGUGGGGUCUGGAGGGGAUACUCUACCUGCUGCUGGCACUAAUGUUGUGCCAUGCACUCUUCACCACUGGCUCCUACCUGCUGAGCUCCUUGUGGCCUGUCGUGGCCGCGGUGUGGCGCCACCUGCUACCGGCUCUCCUGCUGCUGGUGCUCAGUGCUCUGCCUGCCCUCCUCUUCACGGCCUCCUUCCUGCUGCUCUUCUCCACACUGCUGAGCCUCGUGGGCCUCCUCACCUCCAUGACUCACCCAGGCUACACUCAGGAUUUGGAUCAAUAGAAGGGCAACCCCA